GCACAUGUACUGCAUGCGUUUGGCAUACGUCAUUAAAUCAGUCGGACGUCGUUUGUACACAUGACAAGUCACGUGUAGGCCUUACGGUCGCAAAAACCGGAAAACACACAACACACGCGGGGGCGACAGCGGGCGGCGAAGGACUUGUGAAAACUUUUGAAACACACUUUUCGCGCGCUUAAGUGCCAACAAGUAACUGUUUUCGGGACUUUGGCGAUUUUUUGGGUGCCCGUAGAACAACAAGUGUGAAAGUGAAAGUUAGCUGAUAGUUUACGUAGUGAAUCAUGGACCCACACCACCAUCAUAAUACACCGCUGCACUGGGGUUACUCGACCGCCGGGAUACCGGUGGCUAGUUCCACGCCAAGUCAUCACAAUACCUGGACACCACCUUCGUCCAAGGGUACCAAACGGACCCUGUCGGAAUCGCUAUCCGACGACGAUAUUUACUCCGAGGAAUCAUCCAAAGAACACACCUCACCUGGCGAGUCGGACAGCUGUCAACUGUUGAGUCGGAAGCGACGCCGUGGGGUGAUCGAGAAGAAACGCCGCGACCGGAUCAACUCGUCCCUCUCGGAGCUCAAGCGGCUGGUGCCCAGUGCGUACGAGAAGCAGGGCUCCGCCAAGUUGGAGAAAGCGGAGAUUUUGCAGCUCACCGUGGAUCAUCUGAAGCAACUGCACGCUAGAGGAUUAGACGAUGCAAGUUAUGACCCACAGCGCUUUGCACUGGACUAUCACAUCAUCGGUUUCCGGGAAUGUGUCGCCGAAGUGGCCCGCUAUCUAGUUUCGAUCGAAGGAAUGGACGUCCAAGAUCCGCUCCGUCUCCGCCUGAUGUCUCAUCUGCAGUGUUUCCUCACCCAGCGUGAACUCUCCUCGAAGGCGAAUGCAAGCCCUGCCUGGUCCCACAACAGUUCAUACCAAUCGGCAUAUCCGCCCUCGACCAGUUACUACCAUCAGAACUAUGCGCCACAGAGUACAUCUUCGUCUGCGCCAUACAUUCCACAGGUGGCCACUAUCCCGCCACACGACCAAACGAAUCUGUCCCACGUGUCGGCUCUGCAAGCAGCCCAUCAGGUGCCGCACACGCUCCACUCAUCAGCGUAUGCAACAAGUGCCGGCAGCGGCACACAUGAUCUCUACACAAGCCAGCAACACGAUGCCAACGCUCACCAGAGCCAACACCCACAACAAUCGCAGCAGCAACAGCAGCAACAACAACAACAACAACAACAACAACAAUCCCAAUCGGCCGAUCAAAACGGACCGACCUACACGGAUAUCUCCAACCUGCAUCCAAACCGGGGCAUUUCCGCUAGCAUCGGUUACGGAAAUCCCCAAUACCCGGUCAGCAGCACAACCCAUGGUUACAGCUCGACCUCCAACAGCUAUGCAAACAACAACAACUCAUCGAAGCCCUACCGGCCGUGGGGUGCUGAAAUGGCAUGCUAAAACACAACCAAAAAAUCAUGACAGUGGGAAAAACAAAAGAUUUUCCCAUACCGGGAAUCGAACCCGGGCCUUCUGGGUGAAAGCCAGAUAUCCUAGCCACUAGACCAUAUGGGAGUGGAUACUGGAUGCUGGACCAGUCUCAGAUCACAUUCUGUCUAUAUCAAACCAAAGUGAUAAAACCAACAAGUAGAUUUCGUAGCAACCAAAAGAAGAAACGUAACUUAUUGUCCCCGAUUCAAUCGGAGGGCCGUAAACACGAAAUGAUAGACCCUUUUAUAUAUAGUAGAUUAAGCGUGACACACACAGAAUCGAGAGAGCCAUUUGCCAAAGGCCAUAUCGUUUCUUUAUUUCGCCCGAGAGCUUUAAUCCAUUCAUCGAAACGAAUACAUACCAUACAAGUUUGUGUGUACAUAGGUAAAAAGAAAAAGAUUUCAACCAUUCUCCACCGAGGAUGGAUACACACUGGUAAGGAUAUUUAUUUUUAGCAAUUUAGGAUAGGGAGCUGAAGAGGGUGUGGGUGUUAGCAGAGCGACGUAUAUUUUUGAUACCAAAACGAUUUAUGAACGGUUUCCUUGCCCCGAUAGGUGAGGAAGCCAAAACAUUUAGCUUUAAGGCCGAAACUAAUCGAGUCAAUUAGAUUUUUAAGGGGUUAGCUCUGGGUACGGGGUACCGGGCUGUUUUAGAUAGCGAGCAGUGGAUUCUAUUUUAAGGCAAAACGAAACGUUGUGAUUCCAAUGAGAAGCUUUUCGAAGAGUUUUUUCUUCUAUUUUCCUCCCAGUGGAAGAUGUAUAUAACAUUUUGAGGAUUUUACUGAAAGUGAACCAAAAGAAUAAA